AUGGUAGACGAGAGAGACCAAGAUACAUCUUCUUCAUCUCUCCCAUCUUUGAACAAGCAAUUGGCAGACACAAAUCUUGGAGGAAGCGCGGACGUUCCCGUCGUUGACCUAAGCUUUUCUGAUGAAGGUUUUCUGGUGCGUGAUUUGGUGAAAGCGAGUGAAGAGUGGGGAGUCUUUCAGGUGGUUAACCAUGGGAUUCCGAUGGAGCUGAUGCAGCAGCUACAACUGGCUGGGAAACAGUUCUUCGACCUCCCGGAGACAGAAAAGGACGCUGUGGCGAAAGAGGAAGACUUCGAAGGAUACAAGAGGAAGUAUCUGNUCGAUUACAGAAAUAGUGAUAUAACUAUUUAA